UCAAUUUUCUGUUGUGGUUGACUGACAAUAUCUAGUGUCCUCUCACCUUUGACAGGUAUUUGGAUCAAACCCAGACGAACAUCCAGGAUGAGGGAGAAGAGGGCUGACUUUGUGGCAGGAUGCCUGGGAGGAAGGGUAAUCGCAGCUGGUGGUCUAGGUAAUGAACCAUCGCCGUUGGGCACGGUGGAGAGCUACAACCCGGUGAAGCAGCGCUGGGAGUAUGUGGCACCCAUGCCCACUGCACGCUGCUCCUCUGCUCUCCUGCAGACAGCCAGCAUGCUCUUUGUCAUUGGCGGAGUUGCCCAGGGACCCAGUAAUGCUGUGGAAGCUCUCUGCUUACCAGAAACUGUGUGACACAUGCAGACACACUAACACACACAGAGGAAUAAAUGCAACCCAGGGUUGAUAUUUUA